ACAAACAAAUCACAAAAAUAUAAACAGUUCAAAUUAAAAUUGGCAAACGAUUAACAACUAAAAGUGUUCCUAAGUGAUUUUAUUGGAUUCUAUGUAGUAACUGUUUUCAGGAUACUCUCAGUACUGAGAGUAAACAUUCUUAUUUUUGGGAUCGCUAAUUAUUGGAUCAUGCCUUCCUUAGAAGCACCAUGUGUAGAGCUUGGCAGUGCGCCUCAAACACCCAGUAUGGCAGCAUCGCCAUCUCCUUCUGAAAUCUCUAGUGCUAGUUCACCUGAACCGCCAAAUAUAAGGGCCACGCCGUUGUUUAGGGCUUUAGCCAUGCCUCCACCUGAACCAGAACAACCGCCAGGGCAAGAAGAGCUGGAACGCCGUUUGCCAGGCUACAGGCGCAUCGUAAUACCUCGAGAAUUAACUCUGAUUGAACUAUUGAAACAAAGCAGUGGUGUCGUUACAGACGACGAAGUACUAAGAAUUCGUGAAGCUAAACUUCGCGUGAUGGCUGAUCGAGUUGGAUUGAGAAGGCUUCAUGUACUGGCUCCAAGACUUCGCACAUUGACUCUCGAUGGCAGCGCUCUUUCGUCAUUACGAGAUCUCGGUAUCGGUUUAGUGCAUUUAAAGAUUUUGAGUAUUGAUCGUUGUGGGUUAACGACAUUGGAUGGCGUUUGGGGUUUAGGAGCGCUAAGAGAGCUCUCUGCCGCUGGGAAUCGGCUUCAAGAUUUGCAGCCCCUGGCCGCGUUACAGAAGUUACACACUCUAAACUUGGCUGAUAAUCCUAUAUUGGAGGCAAAUCGGCUAUGGACGUUGGGUGUUUGUGGCGCUUUACGUAAACUCAACCUGAGUGGGACCCCGGCAGCUGAUGAUCCAGACUAUCGCUCACGUGUCGCCGCCGCGUUACCCAUGCUCGUCUAUUUGGAUGACAGACCAAUGCAUACAGAUAUAGAUUACGACUCUGACGGCAUAUUCCAUGCACCAUCAUCUUCGUCAGAAAGUGACGGGGAAGCUGAAGUCGAUCUGAUGCCCAAACCAAAUGAACCCUCAACGUCGACAGCUGAACCAGGACCUUCUACUGCUCAAGAUGAUAAUGAUAUCCCUGAACAAGGACCGGCUGGUGAUACCGGCAAUCGAGAAAGUGAAUUUUCAAGAAGACGGCUUCGCCGUCGUCCCGCGACGACAGAAAACGCGGGAUGUAGGCCUACGCGACCGAACGUCCCGCCAAGACCGAAGACUGCUCAGGACAGGCCUGUUAUAGACGAACCUACAAGACUACAAAUACUGCACACACUAAUGGAUGAUGAGUGGCUUUGUAGUGGAAGCAAAUUGACGUCACUGGAUGCUGUGUGCGGCAACCUAGCGAGAGCUCUACGCCGUACUCCUAGUUAUUUUAAUCGUCGUUCUAAAGUCGACGUUGAAAAAGAAAUAGUUGAACAAACUAUGGAAGAUGCGUCGCGGGCCGUCGCAGCUGAGAUACCGCGCGCCCCUCGCCUCGAAGACUGGAUCAAGUUCAAAGAAGAAACCGGGAUUGAAAUCAAUAUUGAUUUCAAUGAGCGACCACAAUGCCCUGAUCCGACCAAAAUCCUCGAACGUCUCGAGCAAAUAGAACAAGAAACAAAAGACAGACUCAAAGAAGAGGCUAUAAAAGGAAAGCCAAGUACUGCGGAGACAAGUCAUACUUACUUACCGAACAGUGCUUUUGGAAUGCCAACGAUAAAUGAUUACGAAAUGUUCAAAGCAGAAAUCACAUCCCAUGCUUCAAAUACUGACAUCAAUAAUUUUCUCGAUGAUGUUAACGAUAUGCAUUCUGCGAGUUCGGAUAGGGUUAGCUUUCUUGGAAACAAUGACUCACUGACUGAGUAAGAACAACUUUCACUACCUUGGUACCACUUUACCUAGUUAGUUUGUUCUGGGAUCAUUUCCUAUUCAACAAACUCGCGAUUUUACGUUAUUAUGAAAAUAUAUGACGUGACAUGAAUAGGACUUCUUUCGUUUUGAAUUUAGCUCCACGUCUUCUGAUUCUUUAUUAAAGCGUAGGGAACUUGUUUUAUAUCUGUGGUAAAAGAUUAUUUCUUAUAUUGUUUGAAUUUGAAUGGAUGAUAUGGAUGGGUUUUGUUGAGACUUGUGUUGUAUGUAUAUUAAAUUGAAGUAAAUUGUUUAGACAUACAAAGUCGUAUCUUUUCUACAUCUUCUUAUUCUGGAGUAAGUUUUACUUUUUGGUCGUUGUUAUUCGUAUUGAUGAUACUUGGCAUCCUAGUUUAUUUAGGAUCCUUCUGUACCCAACUUAACUUAGACCCAUUUUAUGCCAUAAAGUCUGUAGUUAUUUUCUGAUCUGUUAUUUGUGAAUUUUCUUGGAACAAACACGACCAAGAAAAAGCUCAAAUUCAUGAUGCCUGAUCCUUAUUCUUUUAUUUAUUAU